GAAGCACUUGCUUCUUUCAAAAUGUCACACUAAAAGUGUUACACUCCUGACAUUUUUGGCCCUAUUUUUUGCCGGCAUUUUUUUAUUAUCAAAGAUAUCAUCACGAAAAUUUGUACGAUUAUAGUCACAGGUGGGAUACAUUUUUUAAUUAUCUAAUACUUAGUAUUUAUCAUCAUGAUUUGUAAUAGGGUAUGGUAAUAAUGUUGGGGUCAUUUUUUUUGAAACAGCCCCUAUGUAGAAUGAAUAGUGAACAAAAUAGUCUGCAUGGCAAACAGGACAUACAUGUGGUUCUGUGACUUGAAAGAACUGAUCAUUUAUCUAUAUAGCUAGGUAUUUUAGACAUGUAGUUUCAGCUGAACAGAAAAAAAAAAUGUCAGUAUAAAGACAAAAAAAAAAUUGCAUAAUUUUAAAUAUAAUGCUGAAUUUUAGGUUUUUUCUUCUAUGAUAUGCGUGGGUAUAGUAAUUUGAGCAUGUUGAGUGGUAUUAUACACCAACAAUUAAACUUUUAUUAGAGUUUUCAUGGUAUUGACAUUUUUACAUAUAUUUUAUAUAUAUUUUCAAUAUCACUUGCUUUGAUAGGUGCCAUUUUUAGGUAAAUGAAGGCUUUUUCCAAAUUGAAACGGAUUUUGUGAUGCGUAAUAGUCGAUGUAAUGAUAUCAACAUGCAAAAUGGACAUAAAAAUAACUUCAUUUUCGAGGCUCUGUGAGACACCUUGUGUGCAAAUACUGUAAAACAGCCCUGAUACAUGUGGAAAUGAAUAGAUCUACACCGGUGAUGUACGUUGGUUAAAUUUUUCAUUUCAUUUGCAGGUCGUCGCCAUUAUGCCUGAUGGCCAUGUACGGGUGGGGUUAUUUCCGACACUAUCAGAAACAAUAGUGUGCCAGCUGGGCACUGUGGCUGAACUCCCCCGUACAGCAACAAAGUCUUGGAAAAGUGGGAAGAAGACCGCCUUUCGGGCAGCCAAGGCAGCCGCCGCAGCCUCCAAGGAAUCCCCCGCAGCCUCCAAGGAAUCCCCCGCAGCCUCCUCCUCCAAGGACUCGGCCAGGAAGAAACGAAAGGCAGCCCAGAAAAGCCACAAAUUGAGUUUCGACGGGUACAUCCACUUGCUUGCUGCAAAAAUUGAAGAAGGGAACAAAACAAAAGGGAAUAAGGACCAGAGGAGAGGUGCUGACGGCAAAUUUGGCAAUAAAAAUUUAUUGGACUGUUCCUGGAGGACCUGGUUGAAAAGCAUGUUUACAGAAUAUCCAGGUGUGCUGUGCAAGUGCUCUUGUAAUCAUCGACCUUUGACUAGCGCACAAGCCUUAAUAAAACACAUAGAGAGAAAUCACUAUAUCAAUAAUGUGGUAUCAUUUGGUGAGGAGGACCUGGAAUUCACACCACCACAGUUUUAGCUCACCUC